AUGACGCCGGGUGAGGCGCCGCGGCACCUUGCCAAGUCAGCGAAGCCAAGCCACCAGACUCCCAAAGCCUUGGAGGACGGCGUCUGGCGCUUGUCAUGUCCCCGCAGGUGGGCUGGCAAGUACUACACCUACCGCGUGCAGGCGUUCCACCCGUUGACCGGCAAGAUCGAGACCAUGGAGGCGCCCGACCCCUACUCCGUCACCUGCUCUGCCGACGCGGAGCGCUCCCUGCUCUGCCGGCUUCCUGCCUGGGACACCGCCUCGAUGCCUCCCGUGCCGCCCUUCCGCCACCGCGCCGAUGCUGUCAUCUACGAGCUCCACGUGCGCGACUUCAGCGCGCGCGACAAGAGCGUGGCCUCCGGGCGUCGAGGGCGGUACCUGGCUUUCGAGCAGGAAGGCACAAACGGAGACCGGCAUUUGCGGAAGCUCGCGGCAGCCGGGAUGACCCAUGUCCACCUCCUGCCCACGUUCGACUUUGGCUCGGUGCCGGAGCGCGCGGAAGAUCGCGCAGAGCCUGUCAUGCCCACGAAAGCGGGACCUGACUCUGAAGGGCAGCAGAUGGCUGUGAUGGAGGUGGCGGAGAAGGAUGCCUUCAACUGGGGCUACGACCCCGUCCUGUAUGGCGUGCCGGAGGGCUCCUACUCUUCGGACCCCGAUGGUAUGGCCCGCGUCCAUGAGCACCGCCGCAUGAUCGCAGGACUGCACAAGAAGGGUCUCCGCGUUGUGGCCGAUGUGGUCUUCAACCACGCCUUCGGCAGUGGGCCUGUGGGCAACCACAGCAUCUUGGACAAGUGCGUUCCCGGGUACUACCUCCGGAGAAGGGAGGAUGGACGCGUCGAGAACUCGACGUGCAUGAACAACACGGCCACGGAGCGCUACAUGAUGGAGCGGCAUGUUGUGGACAUGGUCCGGCAUUGGGCAAUCGAGCACCGCAUGGACGGCUUUCGCUUCGACCUCAUGGGUCACAUCACCCUCGCCUGCAUCCAAAAGUGCCGCGCGGCACUGGAUGAGCUCUCGAUCCAGGAGCAUGGUAUCGAUGGACCCAGGCUGCUGCUCUACGGGGAGGGUUGGGAGUUCGGCGAGAUCGAGGGCGGAGCACGGGGAGACACCGCGUGUCAGCGCCACCUAGCGGGCACGGGCAUUGCGUCCUUCAACGACCACCUUCGCGGGGCCGUGCGGGACUUAGAUUGA